CUAGAAUGGCGAAGCUCUGUCGGUAUCCCCUGUUUGUGCUCCUACUAACAAGUUUCCUUCAAUUAACCCUGGCCAACUUAGCCACGACGGUGAUUGGAACAGUUCUUCAAAGGACCAAACAGCUCAAUUUUGUUAUGUCGCCUCAAUUGCUGAUCGAAAGUAUUUAUCCAAUAUAUUUGGGAGCUAGUGGCCAGACACGACGUGAAAUCUCGAAAUUUCUAAAAGUUGAAGGCAAGACAAAGAUUCAGGUACUCGACGCCUUUGAGAAGAAUAAAGCUCGCAUUGCUAAAAAUCUAGCAGGUGCAUUAACUAUGACCACAGGUCUAUUUGGGUCCGAGAAUAUUGAAUUAACUGAUGAGUAUACCAGCAUGAUUAUUGAUCUACUUUCUACUGACUAUAAAACAGUCGACUUUAGGAACCCUAUUGCUGCUGCUAAGGUUAUCAAUGAGUGGGUGGCAAACAAUACCGACAACCGUAUAACACAUAUGAUACGUAGAACUCCCUUAGGCGCAAAGCUUAUGAUUUUCAGUGCCUUGUACUAUAAUGGAGCUCUAUCAUUACCAAGUCCAAGUACCAUAAAUGCAACAUUUAAUACAGAAUUACUCGAUGGAGUUGAAGCUAAUUUUACAGUAAACGCAACGAUCAGCAGGGCUUUCUUGAGAUUCUCUUUUUUAAAAGAGAUCAAUGCAGACCUCAUAGCCAUACCUUUUACGAAAGGCAAUAUGAAUCUUGUGAUCCUGAUGCCAAAAGACAACAGUGAUAUUGAAACUAUUGAAAGCAAUUUACAUGAAAUAACGAUGGCGCAACUUGCACCAGUCAGAGCAAGACUAUUCGAACUGGUAUUGCCGCACUUUAGCAUACAAACUACCCAGAACUACAAAAACAUAUUUGAAUAUUUGGGAAUCACUCGACUAUUUAAAACUUCUGCCAAUCUAAGACCAAUGGAAACAAAUAAGAGACAAAAAAUACUUCUGCAUGAUCUCAUACAGAAAACAAAGUUUAUGAUGAAUGGGACGCAUACCGAAGCCGCAUCUUACAGAGCUGCAAACAUAAAGUUUAAAGGUCUGCCAACCGCUCAUAUACUUAAACCGUUUAUAUUUUUUGUCAAGGAUAAUUUCAAUAUUUUUUUAGCUGGACGCAUUGGAUAUGUAAGAAAAUAGUUGCAUUGGCGUUUAUAAGUUGAAAUAAAAAAUAAAUAAAUAUACACAUCUCUUA